AUGAUGGAAGUGAAAGAGGAGAGUCAAGCUGAAGUGGAUGAGAAACAUCAGAUUGUAAAAAUAAACCAUAAUGUUUCACAGAAAGAAACUCUGAAGACAGAAGACAUAAAGUGUGAAAAUAGUUUCAGUGAAGAUGAACGCCCUGAAGAUCACAAGAGGACUCACAGUGAGGAGAAACCUUUAACAUGUCAACAGUGUGGAAAGAGUUUCAGAAGAAAAGAGAAUCUUAAAGCACACAUGAUGAUUCACACUGGAGAGAAACGACACGUGUGCCAUCAGUGUGGAAAGAGUUUUAUAAAUGCAGGUAACCUUAAGGUACACGCGAGGAUUCACACUGGAGAGAAACGACACGUGUGCCAUCAGUGUGGAAAGAGUUUUACAACUGCAGGUAACCUUAAGAUACACGCGAGGAUUCACACUGGAGAGAAACCUUACACUUGUCAACAAUGUGGAAAGAGUUUCUCUGUUGAACGUUACCUUAAAAUACAUGCAAGAAUUCACACAGGAGAGAAACCUUACACUUGUCAUCAAUGUGGAAAGAGUUUCUCUGUUAAAGGUAACCUUAAUUUACAUGCAAAGAUUCACACAGGAGAGAAACCAUUUGUGUGCCAAGAGUGUGGAAAGAGUUUUAUAACUGCAGCUGAACUUAAGAUACACAUGCGGUCUCACACUGGAGAGAAACCACAUCUGUGCCAUCACUGUGAAAAGAGUUUUAAAACUGCAGGUGAACUUAAGACACAUUUGAGAAGUCACACCGGAGAGAAACCUUACACUUGUCAUCAAUGUGGAAAGAGUUUCUCUGAUGAAAGUAACUUUAAGGUACAUGCAAGAAUUCACACCGGAGAGAAACCACAUCUGUGCCAUCACUGUGAAAAGAGUUUUAAAACUGCAGGUGAACUUAAGGCACAUUUGAGAAGUCACACUGGAGAGAAACCUUACACUUGUCAUCAAUGUGGAAAGAGUUACUUUGCUAAAAGUUUCCUUAAAAUACAUGCAAGAAUUCACACUGGAGAAAAACCUUACAGAUGCCAUGAGUGUGAAAAAUGUUUCAGAAGCAAAAGUAACCUGAUAGCACACAUGAAAAUUCACAAAGCAGAGAAACUUCACACGUGUCUUCAGUGUGGAAAGUGUUUCAGUAUGAAGGGUGACCUUAAGAGACACAUGAUGAUUCACACUGGAAAGAAACCUCACGCAUGUCUUCAGUGUGAAAAGAGUUUCAGAGAUAAGUGUGAUCUUGAGAUUCACAUGAGAAGACACACUGGAGUGAAACCUUACAUAUGUCUUCAGUGUGAAAAAAGUUAUAUAAGUGAAAAAACUCUUAAGACACACAUGAAAGUUCACACUGAAGGAAAACCGUUCACUUGUCAACACUGUGGAAAGAGUUUUACAGUACAGGGUACUCUUAACACACACAUGAGAAUCCACACUCGAUAGAAACCAUUCAUGUGUCAACAGUGUGGAUAUGACAACAAAGAUUAGAAAUCAGCUGAGGUCUUAAUAAAACUGUGCGUAGGAUCCUUACUAAAAGUCUACAUGCACACAAAUUCCCAAGAUGUCUGUACUUGUGUUCUUGUAGACUUGGGCCGUGACUGAUGACGUUUUACAAGUACUGCUUCAAUUCCAACUUUGCAUCGUGCCAAGUUCAAAUAACAUCCCCGGAUGUGUUCUUGAUCAGCUUAUUUUAUCGAGGAUGCAUCAGGAGGUGACGUGUGUGGACUAAUGACGGCCAAGUUUCCCAGAAUGCAUUUUGCAUCAGCGCCAAUGAAGCUUAAAACCUGCAAAAUAUUUGAAAUAUUACUCUUUCUGUGUCAUUAAAUGUAGCCGUUUAGUCGGGAUAUAGAUAUGAAUAAAUCUUUAAAUCUGUCGUCAGUUAGUAAAGAUGGUGCCUAUAUAUUAAAAGAUUUUGGAUAUUUGAGAUCAAGGUGAUCAGCAGGCGGUCAGCACUGUGUAUACCGCCGAGGGCAGCCUUAUUUUGUCAAGUCCUUCUAAAAUGUGCCGCUAGCUCAGUGCAGCUGCUCUGCCCUUCAGUGUCUGAUGAUCAAACGUUUCCUGUAGUUUUUCACCAGGUUUGCACACACUGCAGGAGGGAUUUUGGCCCACUCCUCCACACAGAUCUUCUCUAGAUCAGUCAGGUUUCUGGUCUGUCGCUGAGAAACACGGAGUUUGAGCUCCCUCCAAAGAUUCUUUAUUGGGUUUAGGUCUGGAGACUGGCUAGGCUACGCCAGCACUUUGAUAUGCUUCUUACAGAGCCACUCCUUGGUUAUCCUGGCUGUGUGCUUCGGGUCAUUGUCAUGUUGGAAGACCCAGCCUUGACCCAUUUUUAAUGCUCUAACUGAGGGAAGGAGGUUGUUCCCCAAAAUCUCGCAAAACAUGGCCCUGGUCAUCCUCUCCUUAAUACAGUGCAGUCGCUUGUCCCAUGUGUAGAAAAACACCCCCAAAGAAUGAUGCUACCACCCCCAUGCUUCACAGUAGGGAUGGUGUUCUUGGGAUGGAACUCCUCAUUCUUCUUCCUCCAAAUACGUUUACUGGAAUUAUGACCAAAAAGUUAUAUUUUGGUCUCAUCUGACCACAUGACUUUCUCACAUGACUCCUCAGGAUCAUCCAAAUGGUCAUUGGCAAACUUAAGACGGGCCUGGACAUGUGCUGGUUUAAGCAAGGGAACCUUCCGUGCCAUGCAUGAUUUCAAACCAUGACGUCUUAGUGUAUUACCAACAGUAACCUUGUAAACGGUGGUCCCAGCUCUUUUCAGGUCAUUGACCAGCUUCUCCCGUGUAGUUCUGGGCUGAUUUCCCACCUUUCUUAGGAUCAUUAAGACUCCACGAGGUAGGGCUGGGCGGUAUGACGGUAUAUUCCGUUGCCGCGGAAUAAAAUGUCAGACGUAACAGAUUUUUCUAUUACGUCUAUUCCACAAAUGCAAAUAAGUUGGCGUGGCUAUCUCUGCCCUCCAGCAUGUUAGACUGACUGUGAUGGAGAAACAUGUAAAAAAGUUCACUUAUAAAAAAAUGAAUGAGUUAUUUGUGUAAUUUUUAUAAUAAGUGCCAGUGAAUCCACCGCGGGUCACGCAGCGAGACUCUUGUCUUGCUCUCUCUCUCUCUCUCUCUCUCUCUCUCUCUCUCUCUCUCUCUCUCUCUCUCUCUCUCUCUCUCUCUCUCUCCUCAUGCAGCAGCCGGCCGGUCUCUCGCGUGCAGAGGUCUCUCUAGGGAAGCGCAAGGAGCUGCGACGCCAAAUAAAGAGUUCUUCUCGCACAUAAUGCUAAUAGUUGUAACGUUUUCUGAACUUUAAGCAAGCUAAGACAAAACUCGCGUUUAUAUCAGUGACACGUGUGCUGCUGGAGCAAUGUAGUUUGACGUGCCAUUUGCUUAUACAAAUCUGUAUCUAUCUGUAGGUUUUUGCAUAUAUUUAUACAUGUUCAUUUUACAUAUUGCAUAUCGUCGCUGUCCGAUGAAACUCACGUAUGUUCAUUUUGCCGAUUUUGAGAUUUUUCGACAGAUUGAAUGUCCAGGUUCAUUUCCAUAUACAGUAUGCGUCACAUACCUAAAUAGCCAAUGAAAACUUGUGAAAUCAUGUCAUCUGAUUUUCACGUACCCGUUUGGUGUCAAAGCUGUCAAUCACGCCGCAUAUCUUCCGCCUGUGAAGCAUCUCGCCGGUCUCGUAAAGUUUCAUCGAACCUCAGCACUGGAUAUAGCCGAAUAAACAUGACAAUGACUUUCCUUCGAGGUAAACGUUUCCCCCGGACGCCAGACUAAUGUCUAGGAGUUACUUAAUUACGGUAGGACUGUGCAAACAAAGUAUCUGUCUAGCAUUGGUGUUAUACGCUGGGGAUUUCCCCACCACUUUUUGAAAGCAUUUGGUUAAAAUGUUCUGAAAAAUCAAGCGAUGCUUAAGACUGGUUUUGUGGUCUAGUGUCACAUAUGUUGUGUUGUAUGCUUACGGUGUGUUUUCUUGUACAUAUGUAAUGAAAUUCAUUGUAAUCAUUUAUUAAACGCGCUGCGGUUUUCUACGGUUUGGUGCUUUGGCAUUGUUCGGUUGAGCUGGUGUUGCAGGGACUGUUACAUGUGUGAUGUGUGCAUUCGACAUUGUUGAGGGUUUAUAAAUUUAUGCUGAGUAUUUUCUUGUUGUUGACUGGCCUACGCUAUGCCCAUUUUUGAUGCGCGUUAUUCAAUAUUUUUCCCGUCCUGCAGUAAUGUUUUUAUAAGAUCUUUUGUCCCCAACACUUUUCAACACAAACUGACGCCCCUGUUGUGUAGCAUUACCAUGUCAGUGUAUUGAUUCAUUGUCCCUUAAUGGUUUUGCAAGAGACAUUUAAUACACUUAUAAUUAAUAUUAAAUAAAGUAAGCGUAUUUAACCAAGACGUAGGCUAUUUAAUAAACUGAGCGUAUUCAUCUGUCAAUACGAAACGCGACUUUGGCCAUUCUAAUUAAUGAUCGGAAGAACGCGUAUCGAUCAAAGUUACUGUAAAAUAUGCACGCAUGUCCAUUUAAACUCAAUUUUGGUCAAAUGUGGAUUAUAUCAUGACACUGGCAAGAAUAUGGUUACAUGUAAAUAUGCCGUACCAAGUAUGACAACGCUACAUUCAACUGCUUUUGAUAUACGGUGUUUUUUUCACUUUCUGAAAAGUUACCGUUUUGGACAUACGUGAGUUUCAUCAGGCAGCGACGAUAUGUUUAAUGUAAUGUAUGCAUAAAUACAAAAUACAAUGAAUCCAUACUAUAGCUUCAAUAGUCUAUAAAAUUAAUAACUCAAUUAAAAACAAGAUUCUGUCAAAUCAAGACUUAUCUGUUGUUAUCUUCUGGGCAUUUUCACUUUAACAUUAUUAACUUUAAAUUGCUCAUAUUUUAAAACUGUGGUGAGCAUUUAGUUAAAAGCUAUAGUGAGUGGUGUAUUUCUGUACAUUUUUAUCAUCAAAAAACAAUAUAAAAUGAAAAACAUGUAUACCGUGAAAUACUCCGUUCAGUGAAAUAAAAUGACUCAUUCCGUGAAAUAGAUUUUUGGUCAUUCCGCCCACCCCUACCACGAGGUGAGAUCUUGUGUGGAGCCCCAGUCCGAGGGAGAUUGACAGUCAUGUUUAGCUUCUUCCAUUUUCAAAUGAUUGCUCCAACAGUGGACCUUUUUUCACCAAGCUGCUUGGUAAUUGCCCCGUAGACGUAGAGGUGUACAAUUUUGUCUCUAGUGUCUUUGGACAGCUCUUUGGUCUUGGCCAUGUUAGUAGUUGGAUUCUUACAGAUUGUAUGGGGUGGACAGGUGUCUUUAUGCAGAUAACGACCUCAAACAGGUGCAUCUAAUUUAGAAUAAUAAAUGUAGUGGAGGUGGACAUUUUAAAGGCAGACUAACAGGUCUUUGAGGGGCAGAAUUCUAGCUGACAGACAGGUGUUCAAAUAUUUAUUUGCAGCUGUAUCACACAAAUAAAAAAAUUAUACAUUGUGAUUUUUGAAUUUUUUUUAGAUUAUGUCUCUCACAGUGGACAUGCACCUACGAUGACAAUUUUAGACCCCUCCACGAUUUCUAAGUGGAAGAACUUGCAAAAUAGCAGGGUGUUAAAAUACUUAUUUUCCUCACUGUAGAUAAGAGUUAUUUCCUCUGAUAUUGUAUUAACAGUUAUUAUUAUUAUUGAAUAGUAUUUACAUUAUUUUCAUUUCAUUAUCAUUGUAUACUUGAGGCUUAAUUGUAAAACUGUGUGACAACUAACCCCGCUCUGUAAAAAUGUUUUCAAUCCCAGCUAUCAGUUAUUAGGAGUUACUAACAUGUCUCAAAAUUGUUUUGGGUAACAAGACCGUGAUUAAAACUUGGAUAAAUAAAAAUCUUGUAGCGUAAUUUUAUUUAAAACAUCAAGAUUUAAUGCAAUUUCAUAAUGAUGUUUAUUAUGCGUUUGUGUUUCUUAAUGAAAGAAUCUGUCUGUAGGAGCCAUGUUAAGAGUGUGUCAUGUGACCGUGGGAGAAUAAAGGCGUCAUUAAUUAUGUAGGGUUAAAAUACCUGUGUGUAGCUUUGGAAACAUGGGCUAAGGGCAGGAGCACAUCUUUUUUUGGUUGACCACAUAAUCUUAUAAUCAUCGUGUAAUUGUAUAUUCAUUCAGAUGCUACUUCACUGUUACUCUCUACUAUAUUGAAACAAUCUUCAAAUGGAUGAAGAAUAAAUGGCAAACUGCAAGGAUGAUUGACGUGUCGGUGUCACAAUUUUAUUGCUUCCCACUAUUAUUGGGCCACUACAGAAUCAUUUAAAGUUCUGCUUACAAUUAAAGGUCACGUUCUUUCUGGUCCCAUUUUUUAAACCCUAGUUAGUGUGUAAUGUUGCUAUAAUAGCAUAAAAAUACCUGUAAAAUUAUAAAGCUCAAAGUUCACUGCCAGGCGAUUAUUUUUGUUUAACAGAAUUUAGCUUUAAAAGCCUACAGCAAACGGCCGGUUUGGACUACAGCCCUCUACUUCCUGCUUUAAUGAUGUCAGUUUUUUGACUAAACUCUGCCCACAGGAAUAUGUCAGUCGCCAACUAAGCUAACUGCAAGCUAAGCUGCUAUCGAAUCACAACACACUGAACAAUCAGAACUCGAUACGUAUUGAUGAAGGAGGGACUUCAUAGAACAAGGAAGACAUCAGCCCGUUUUUAGGACACUGAAAAUAGCGGUAUAGAGAGAAGUUGUGUGAAAAAUAACGCGUUUUUGAACACAUGUUAUAUUGUGCACUGUAAACACAAUCAAAGCUUAAAAAACACAGAGA